AUGUCUAAGCUGUCUACCAAAGACGAGAUUACUAUCGUCAAUGACGGCAUUGCCAAAAUAAAGAACGACUUAAAAGAAAUACAUAGGAAGCUGAAUGAGUUUGAACCUCGGCUAAAAUCUACUGAAGAUAGAUUGGAUAUAAUUGAAGAAAAGAUAAAUGGCAUUGGCGAUCGUGAAUUCAAAGAAAUUAUUCCAGAAGAUAUUAUCUCAGAGCUCAACGAUCGUACAAGAAGAGCGCGCAACGUGCUGGUGUACAAUAUCCCUGAGAAUAGGAGCACGAACAACCGGGCCAGGAUUUCGCAUGACAAGUCUCUAAUGGUGAAACUGAUUCAGGUCGUCUCCCUAGACAUUGGAACUAACGAUAUAAAGGUGCUGAGACUCGGAAAGCCAAACAAAGAUAAACAACGGCCCAUUAAGUUGAUAUUUCAUGAAGAAGCUGAGGCACGUAGAUCUAAUGAAUUGUUCUCAAAGGACUUGGUUGCUGAGGCAGAUGUAGCUUUCACAGACAUAAGUAUCUCAAGGGAUAGAACACCCCGUGAAAGACAACGUUUGAAAAGUCUUAGAGCGGAGUUGGAUGCUCGAGCAGGAAAGGCCACUGAAGUGGAAGGGAUUUUGAGGAGUCUGGAUAGUUCUAAGAGCCCAGGUCCAGAUAUGAUUCCCCCGCGUGUUCUCAGGAUGUGUGCAGAGGUUCUGGCUCCCCAUCUAUCGAUACACUUCAACAAUUUACUAAGCCAGGGAGUGUUUCCUACUAACCUAAAAUCGGGAUUUCUUGUACCUCUCCACAAAUCAGGAUCCCGUUCUAAUGUGAAAAAUUAUAGACCAAUCGUCAUUCAACCAGCUAUGGCUAAAAUAUUUGAGAAAUUGGUCUUGGACAGAAUGACUUUUACAUUUAAGAAUCUGAUUAUCCCUGAACAACACGGAUUUCAGCGAGGAAGAUCUACUGCGACCAACUUAGUGGAGUUUACUAGUGUUGUUCUUCCUGCAUUGUCGAGAGGAAAACAGGUGGAUUGUGUUUAUCUGGACUUCAGCAAGGCCUUCGACAGAGUUGGACAUUCCCAUUUGCUGAAAAAACUUGAGGCUUUUGGUGUAACUGGAACCUUACACGCAUGGUUUCGAAGCUACCUUGACGGGCGUACUCUUCAGGUCAAGUAUGCAGGAACGCUCUCCAGACAAGUUAAUGUUUUGUCUGGUGUUCCCCAGGGAUCACAUCUGGGACCCUUUUUGUUCUCCAUGUUUAUCAAUGACAUUGGUACUACUUUAUCGAGCCAAUAUCUCCUGUUUGCUGAUGACGUUAAGAUCUUUGCUGAGAUAUCAAGUAUCCAACAUCAGCAGGAACUUCAAAGGGAUCUACAACGAAUUCAAGACUGGUGUCAAGCAAGUGGUAUGGACUUAAACACUGAUAAAUGCAACACUAUGUCGUACACCAGAGCUCAUGAGAUCCUGCAGUUCAAUUAUACGCUCUAUGGUGUCACCCUUCAGAGAGUUACGAGAACCCGUGACCUUGUUUUGAGUUCUCCUUACAUCAACGCUGGACUUUGCAGUGACGAAGAUGAAAUGGUGGAAGGAGAGCCAGUUCCUACUCUGCAAAUAAAUGAUAUUAAGCCUUUUGACUGGGUUGUAGUAAAGUACGAAGAUGUGUUCUACCCAGGUGAGGUCAAACAAGUGAAGCUUGAAGAAAAUGAAGUGGAAGUACAAGAUACAGGAAUGUAUCUUAGGGCCAAAGAGGCUCUGAAUGGUCUGCACCCUCUGCCUCCUACAGGAGAUUUCGAAGGACUAAGUGAGUUGAUUGCCCACUCGAUCCUUCUGAAGGUUAUUACACAACAUGCCAAACUUCAUUGUAAGUGA